ACAAAAUAACACGGAUGUGGAAACGUGAAGCUGCUCUUGUCCACACAGGCCCCCAUGGCCUUGGCUACCACCCCCAGAGCUGUGGAGCCACUUGUGCCCAUGGCCAGUUUUCCCUUGGAGAGUCCCCUGGCUCCAUGUGGCAGAAGAGCUGGGAGGAGCAGUGCCGGUGUGAUGGCCCAGGACAUCUGCAGCUCCCCAGGUGCUGGUGAUCUACCAGCUCCUGCCCUCUCUGUGACCCCCAUUGCUGCACAGGAGGGGGAAGAGGUUUAUUUUUGGUGCCAAAUUGUCUGGAAGUCUCCUGAUACCCGAAUUGUCUUCUGCAAGGAUGGGGUGGAGGUGCACAGCCUGAAAGCCCGACAGGGAAAAGGGACCUACUCCAUGUUCUUCCCCAUGAUGAGCAGGAGCACAGGCACAUACACAUGUGGAUACCAGCACAAGGACAAGAGCAACCAAGUGAGGAACUCGGCCCUCAGUGCUCCCCGGAUUCUGAGUUUCAGAGGUGACCUCCCAGCUCCUGACCUCUUCAUAACCCCCAUUGCUGCACAGGAGGGGGAAGAGGUUUUGUUUCAGUGCCAGAUUGCCUGGAAGUCUCCUGAUACCCGAAUAAUCUUCUGCAAGGACGGGGUAGAGGUGAGCAGCCUGAAAGCCCAGCAGCAGAAGGGGAGCUACUCCAUGCUGUUCCCUAUGACGAGCGGGAGCACAGGGACAUACACGUGUGGAUACCAGCACAAGGACAAGAGCAACCGAGUGAGGAACUCAGCCCUCAGUGCUCCCCAGAACCUGAGUGUCACGGCCAUGAAACCUCAGGGCCUCCAGACCUUUUCCCCACAUCUCGUGAUAGGCUUGGUGACCAUCUUUCUCCUCCUUCUGGCUGCAGCCACCUACUGUUUUGUGAGGAAAGGCAGCAGCAAGUUCCGAGCCACGAGGCUAAAGGGACUGAGGACAAUGAAAUGCACUACUCCACCAUCGCCCACGUUGGACGUAAAGGGCCUCGUGUGCAAGAGCUGAACAGCAGCACAACCUAUGCCCUGGUGAGGCCCUCCCACAGCCAGCCCAGGGAGCGC